CGGAAAUCUGUGGAAAAGUUUGUGUGGCCUGGAAUGAAAGGAAUGGCGCAAAGGUUUGUGGCUGAGUGUGAAGUUUGUCAACGCAUCAAACCGUCUCGACAGAAGCCAUAUGGGCUGCUGCACCCUCUUCCUAUCCCUGAUGGCCCGGGUGAGUCUGUUUCCAUUGACUUCACAGACAUGGGGAAGAAGAGCAGAAACGGUUAUUCACAAGUGAUGGUGAUCGUUGAUCGGUUUUCGAAGUUUCUUAAUUCGAUUCUCUUGCCACCUCACGCCCCAACUGACCUUGUGAUCGAUGAGUUCAACAAAAGGUACAUUCUGCACUAUGCCCCCCCGAAAACUCUUGUGAGUGAUCGGGACACCAGGUUCAUAAGCGCAGACUGGAAAGAUUUCACCUCCCAGACCUACGACAUGAAACUCAAGAUGACGUCUGGGCGACAUCCUGAAGCCAAUGGACAGGCUGAGGAAAUCAACCAGACCGUGAUCCAACUUCUCAGGGCUCUARUUGUACCUGACCAAAACUCUUGGGAUGAGGAGUUGCCGAUUGUGCAGGGGUUGUACAACAACCCCAUCCACUCCUCCACCGGGAUGACGCCUAAACGGCUGCAUCUUGGAUGGAAAAUCCGCAAUCCUCUAUCUUAUAUGCUUCCUAAUCAGCCACCUGGCCUAACACCUGGCCAGCCAGGCUACACCGCUAAGUUUGAUCGCCUGCUCAAAGUUGCUGUUGCAGCUAUGGAGAGGCGACGCAGUGCCAUGAUUAAACAUGCUAACAAAAAGCGCCAGCCUGCACCAUUGACAGUGGGAAGUUAUGUCUGGGUCAAAAUGUCUGAGUUUUCUGAAGAGGAAGAUUGGAAGCUGCAAAUGGACGCUGCCCCUGAGGCAAAGAAAGCGCAGUACCGGUUCUUCUACGAGAAAGCAUUGAAGAAGGAGGAGGAAGAGCAAGAGAAGGAGAGGGAGGAGAAGGUAAAGGCUCAUGAAGCCAUCUUUUGUACCUUGCCUGCCCUGACCGAUGAGGAGGUGGAAGAGAAAACCGUUCCACUCCUCCGAGCUUUGGUGGAUGUCCGGACCGUUGAGGACCACACUAGCCAACUCGCCAAAGUGUUCGACGAGCUUAAGAAGUUGCGCGAGGACAUGGCCUUGAUGGCGCAGCAGCACCGUCCACACCCCGCUGCUGCUGCUGCUGCAGCAGCAGCAAGUUGUGGUGCACGAAAUUCUGGAACUGUUGCAACCCGGGGCCCGGACCCACCAACGGCUGGGCUAGGCGGCUGCUUUGCUUACAUCGACAGGAAGGCGCCGCCGAUUCCGUCCAAGUAUGACGGAAAGGACGACACUGAGUCUUGGAUCAGCUCCAUGCGAUCCUACUUUGAUGUGUUGGGGACACCCUCGUCUACCCAGUCGUCUAUCAUGGGGACUAAUGUUGAGCCCGUCGUGAGAGGUUUCCUAGAAACCCAAGCUGUCCAAUCAGGCUUUAAAAGAAUAAACAUGAACAAAUGGUUGAAGGUCACGCCUACCACCACACUCGAGGACCUCUUGAUUAAACAGUAUGCUGAUCCACAUGCUGCAGCUAAAGCAAUACUCAAGCUUGACAAACUCAAGCACAGCAUGUGGAUUGGCACCAUGCACAACCUGCAACAGUAUGUUAGUAAACUCUUUGCUACUCCGGAUUUGAAGAUGACUGCGCAGUCCUGUCUGGAUGUGAUAAAAGGUGAACAGUCUUCUACCUCCACUACCCCUCCUCCACCUCUGACUGCUACUCAGAGGCUGAAGAAGGAGGCAGAACAACAGCUCAAGCUGCAACAGGCUAGAGUAGCGGAAUUGGAACGGCAGGAGGCUGCUGAGCUAGAGGCUGCAACAGAUCACUCCAGAAGGGAGUAUCUGUUGCAGCAACUAGAGAGGUCGCUCACCGAUGAUCGUUGUGCCCAGAUCACGAAGCAUAUGGCUGAGAUGAUCUUGCUGGAGCACAAGAUCACCAGCUCCCAGUUCACAAACUGGGAUGACCGUUUUGUGCGGCUGGAGCGUCGGGUUGACGAGUUGUCAGCUCAGUAGACCAAGAUCCUGAAGUCUAUUCAGGGCUUGACUGUUCAGCUUGCAGCCGCCAAGCUGACUACUCCUCAGCUCCCUCUUCUGCAGCCCAAAUCUUCUCCUCAUUCUUCACCCCCUUCCUCUCAAGGCCCAUCUCAUGCUGGGUCUGCACACUCUUCCCGGUCAUCUACCCCUUCCCAAAAGGCCUCAGUAAAGGCCACCUAUGCUG